UCAGAUUUCUCCGCGGCGAUCGAGGAAACUAAAGGGUCGAAGGUGGGAGAAUUAGCCGAUCACGACGCAGAGCUGAAGGAUGCAUCGGUUGAUUCCUCUUAUGCUAAAAAGGAUACUGAAAAGGCGUCUUCGUCUUCUACGAGCAAUGCAGAGCUUACAGUCACGUCCGAGAGAAGCUCAGAAUCGGUGGAGGCGCGUGAAAGCAUUGAGGAACCGAAUGGCUGUAGUAGUGGCGAGAAAGGUUGUAAUGAUGAGGUUGUGGGAGAAGACGUGAGUGAGAAACAAGUUGUAAGCCAGGAUACUGGGGAAGAAAGCACGGAUAAAGCUUUGGAAAUAGAAGGGAAUGCGAAAGAGGAUGGUGGCAAAAUUGGUGGUGAGGCAAAUGAACGAGAACAGAUAAACACUGAUCAGUCGAUGUCGGUUUCUCAGACUAAUGAACAAACUGAGUCAUUAGACGAGAAAAAUACUACAACAGGACUGUUGAAAACACAGGCUACAGUAAAUGGACAGCAAGGACAAGAAAAGCAAGAAGAAAAGGAUAACCCUCAAGAAAGCGGUAAACAAGGCGAAGAAGCCAGUGAGCAACAAGGCCAAGAAAAUGUUGAAAAAGUGAACAGAGAGCCGUGUAAAAGUCACGAAAAAGAACCAAAUAAUGAACAAACUGAAGAAAGAAAGGCUGAAGAUUGCUCACAAUCUAGCGGAGAUGAUAGACGAACAGAAUUUAAAAAGAAAGGCGAAAGUGAAAGUCUUGAACAAACGAAGCAAGACUGUGAAUAUCAGCAA